CGCUGCGCGGGCCGGCGCGGGCCGGGAGGCAGCGGCUGCGCCCUGCGCCGGGGAGGAGCCGGAGGCAGGCGGGCGGGUGGCCAGCGGGCGGGGGCUGGGACCCAAGGUAGGGAGUGUCGGAGCGCCAGCGGCGACGACGGCAGCGGCGGCAGAACCGCCUCGGUGCGUGGGUCCUUGGCGACUCGGGUUCCGCCCGCGGGCUGCGGUGUGAGCGGGCGCCCGGCUCCCUUUCUACUCUGCCCGCCGCCGCUGCCGCUGUGAUUGGGUGGAAGAUGGCGCUGGGCGGAUGGAAAUCCUAAUGACAGUCUCCAAAUUCGCCUCCAUCUGUACCAUGGGCGCCAAUGCCUCGGCAUUAGAGAAAGAGAUUGGUCCAGAACAGUUUCCAGUCAAUGAACACUAUUUUGGAUUAGUCAAUUUUGGGAAUACCUGCUACUGCAAUUCAGUUCUUCAAGCACUUUAUUUUUGUCGUCCAUUUCGGGAAAAAGUUCUAGCAUACAAGAGUCAACCUAGGAAGAAGGAGAACCUUCUUACGUGCUUAGCAGAUCUGUUCCAUAGCAUAGCCACCCAGAAGAAAAAGGUUGGAGUAAUACCUCCCAAGAAGUUCAUAACAAGAUUACGGAAAGAAAAUGAGCUUUUUGACAACUACAUGCAGCAGGAUGCCCAUGAGUUCUUAAAUUACCUACUAAAUACAAUUGCCGAUAUUUUACAAGAAGAGAGAAAGCAGGAAAAACAGAAUGGCCGUCUGCCCAAUGGCAGUGUGGACAGUGAGAACAACAACAGCACACCAGACCCAACUUGGGUUCAUGAGAUUUUUCAGGGAACAUUAACUAAUGAAACCAGAUGUCUUACUUGUGAAACUAUAAGCAGCAAAGAUGAAGAUUUUUUAGACCUUUCUGUUGACGUGGAACAAAAUACAUCAAUUACUCACUGUUUAAGGGGUUUUAGCAACACAGAAACUCUGUGCAGUGAGUACAAAUACUACUGUGAAGAAUGUCGCAGCAAACAGGAAGCACACAAACGGAUGAAAGUUAAAAAACUGCCCAUGAUUCUAGCUCUACACCUGAAGAGAUUUAAAUAUAUGGAUCAACUUCAUCGAUACACAAAACUUUCUUACCGGGUAGUUUUUCCUUUAGAACUUCGUCUCUUUAACACUUCAGGCGAUGCAACCAAUCCUGACAGAAUGUACGACCUUGUCGCUGUAGUGGUUCACUGUGGAAGUGGUCCUAAUCGAGGCCAUUACAUUGCAAUAGUUAAAAGUCAUGACUUUUGGUUGUUGUUUGAUGACGAUAUUGUAGAAAAAAUAGAUGCACAAGCUAUUGAAGAAUUCUACGGGUUGACAUCAGAUAUCUCAAAGAACUCUGAGUCUGGUUACAUCCUUUUCUAUCAGUCUCGGGACUGAGUGGGAACCGUGAUGAAGAGAUUUCUGCCUCAUUUCUUCUCUGGUUAUUGCGGAAAGGAUCAAGCACUGAUUUUUUGAGGAAAGAGAAAUGCAGGAAGCUCAGGGGGCGGUAGCACACUUUGCACACAAUAAAGCAAAGACUGUGGAUUAACAAGCUCUUCCGAUCAUGGUAGUUGAUUUAUUUGCUCAGGUAUCAUGCUAUCUGUGCAGUUCCAUUCAACGAGGAAGUGACGUCAGAGAUAGCAGCUCCUCCUGUAAAACAGCCUUCCGGUAAUUGACACGCAUGUUCUCUUUAUUAAUUGUACCAGUAAUGAUUUGAACUCCUUGGGGUGCAGUAGAAAGAAUAGGAAUCUGAGCUAGGUUGUAUUGAUAAUUUAAGGAGAUGAUAGAGAACACACUGCAUAAUGUACCUGUGUUGAGUAUGUGUAGAAAGAAUACUCGGUGGUCUUUUCAAGCGUGAACCAGAAAUACUUUUGGGCCCAACACUUGCAGUUGCCUUCCUGAUGUAAAAAAAACUAAAUAGAUAUUAGAAUCCAGUGUCAGGAAGACAAAUAUGUUUUGCUUCUCUGAAGAAGCUUUUAAUAAUAUACAGUAUAUGUAUAUGUAGGGAACAAUUGGUCAAAAGUGGCUCUUUGUUUCCCCAAGGGGAAAGACUGGCUUUGUAAUUAUAAUUUUUCCUUAUUUAUUUUACUUAAAAACUGGUAGAGUCUAAGUAUUGUAUGAAGUGCCCGUGAUUCUGUCAGUAAAUUUUAGCAUAUUUUUACUAGCUUUUGUCAGUUUAACUAGUCCUUUUGUUUGUUUCUAUUUUAAAGUGAAUUUUAAACUCUAUUUUAAAUUAGUAAGAUACCUUAAGAAAAAUUGCAAUGAGAAGAGGUAAAUAUUCUUUUUUAGGAGGAACUGAUAUCUCUGGCUAAAAAUAUUUAUCUUUUGUUAUAGUUUAUAAGUCAGUUAUUUUAUUCAGCUUUAAUUUCAAUAAAAUAAGAAACUGUCAAAAAUUUCCUGUAGUUGUUGGAAUGAUAAGAAACAUUCUGGUGCAGUGGUUGUAUACCAGUCUUUAGAAUUCUUAAAUACUCUAAUGUUUCAAGUUGAGGUCAUGUCUGGAGGAUUCGUGUCAGCAGUUAGGUUAUUUUCCAGUGUCAUUCUUAACUUGGAAAGAAGGGAUCAUUCAUCAUAACCCCAGCAGCCUGGGUAGUUCACUAACAAACCUUUUGAAAAUUAAUUUUUAAUGAAGUAGACCAGGAAUACACAAACAAAUCCUUUUCCCUCUCUACCUUUACAGAUCUUCCUGGAAGAAUGUUUAGAAAUUAACUUUGUUAAGACUUCCUUCUUUUGGGAGUUUUAAGAAGUAAUGUAUGUAAUUAAAAUGUGUGUAAAUUAUUGCAGUUGACAUUUUUCCUUGUAACAGUAGGUUCUCUGACAGUGGCCAAAUGUCACUUGCAGAAAAUAAUUGGAUAUAUAUUCAAAAUAAUAGCAAUCAGGCCUUGGAUAGCCUUUAUCCAAGUCUUUUCUGGCAGUAACUUUUUUAAAUUGCUGUAAUUUUCUAAACUUACUUUACUAAUACUGUUGAAUACAAAAAAAAAACAACAAAAAAAGAAUCUUUUUGUCUGCUGCUAUUAUUAACAUUUAUUACCUGUAUCUUUUAGCUCAGGAAAUGACUUCACCUAUUCGUUCCAUGAACAUAUCUCUAACAGGGUCACUUAGCUAAUUGGGCUGUUUAACAGAUGUGCUAGAAGAAAAUUAUGAUGUAUUUUGACAGAUUGCUUUUUAAGGUACAGUUUCCCAAGCCUUAUCCUGGCUGGAAUUGUUUUGUACAAAUCACAUAGCCUGGCUGAUUUACCAACAUUGCACAGAGAAUCACAACCAAGGAUGUGGGGAAGGUCAUAGCGGUGGAGCUGGGUACAUUUCUUAUUUUGAGGGCUUAACCAAACUGUCUUGGAAUGUAAAGCUCUGUUUCUGCGGCUUUCAGCACAGAAAAGGAGAGGAAAGUGAAGCUGAGUUGGUUUUCAUAGGAGUCAGGCCACAGCACGUAUAAGAAAGAUAGAUGAAGUCAUUUGCAUAAAGGUACAGCGUUGGGAUACUAUGUUUUGUUUUUCACAGUGUACAUGUAAAAACACAGUAAAAGCCAAGGUUAAAUUUCAUAUUAAAGCAAGUGAUAGCAUUCUUACUGAGUUCCAUGGUAGUCACACACUGUUCACGUCCACACCGUAUCUAAUAGUAUGAUUUGUCAGGGGAGGGCCUGUGGGGUGAUGGUUCUCAAUUUACUUUUUAUUCUUAGUGCAGCUACAUCUAGGUAAAAUGUUUGGAAGCUUAUCAGAACUUCAAUAUACUUUAAAAACAUAUACGGUUAAGACUGGGGGGGAAUGAAGAUAGAGUGAGAAAAAGGGCCCAUGUAGACAGCGUGGUGAGAUGGUCUCUCAGCUGACUGUGGCUGAAAUGAGGGGCGGGCUUCAGUUGCAAAGGAUGGCCGCUUGCUGUCUGUGUACAUGAUUAUUGGGGUGCCCAUCCCAUAUUUUGUAUAUUGGAAUAAAAAUUUCUAUAAAUGACCAUAACUAAAAGUAAAUAUUCUAAAUUAAGUCUCACUUCAAAGUCAUAUGGCUUCUGUCUUGGCAGCCUCACCUUUAGAAGAUUACUUAAGACAGAAGCCUUGUGACUUCAGGAAGGAAAAAAGGAAAGUGUCACAUAGAGUCUUGUUGCCUCUAACCAUCAGUAUAGGGUUUUUUCUCUCCUUGAUGGCAGUAGAAAGACCUCAUUUUCAUAACAUACUACUCCUGAUAACUUCUUUAAAGAUACUUUUCAUUAAAGAUUCUUUCAUGAGGUAUUUAACUGGGAGCUGGGAGGCUAAGGCGCUCAGGUCCUGGCUCUUCAGUGAAUUUAACUGUGUGACCUUUGGCAAGUCACUUAACCUCUCUGUGCUUCAGUCUCCCUAUCUUGUAAAGUGGGAGUAAUACCUACCUCACAGGGUUGUUGUGGGGAUUAAUUAGAUGUAAUGUCUGUAAAGCAUCUAAAGUUCUUGAAGAAGGCGCUAUAUAAAUAUAAAAUAAUAUCUAUUAAAGUUGGUUUAUUUGUG